UAAAUACUUUUCUUAAUUAUCUCCAAAUAAAUUCAAAAACUGCCCUCGUGAAAUCAACAUCACGCCAUCGUCUUCUUUCUUUAGUGUUUUCACCUUCUUCCACCUCCAACUUACAUAGACAGCUCCUUUCCACCUGUUCUCUCUUUUUUAUUAUAUUCUCCGACAAAAGAGAAAAACCACAAGAAACUCAGACCAGAGUGUUUAGGAACUUUAAAGUUAUGGGCUCUUCUUCUUCUUGUUCUAACUCUUCUUGCUCUGCGUCACGUUCACCGCCGGAGAAGACACUCAACGCAACGACGGUUCCGAGAGCUUUCUCGUUCCCGAUGCCGUCGGUUCACCACCCGCCGGUUAAAAAAGGCGACACGCACCACCUCGUCUCCCUCACGUCCACCACUUACGGUUCUCUUCUACACGUCGACCUCGACGUACAAACACUAAAGAAUAACAAGAAGACGGCCGAACAAGACGAGUCGCUUGACUCGCUGUCUCCUGACUCGGUGAUCAACACAUGGGAGCUCAUGAACGAUCUCGAAGACGAGUUUGGUUCGACGAAACGUGACGUGGACGUUAAUGGUUCUUACGAGCUCGUGAGAAUGGAAGAAGAUUGGGUUCCUCUGCCUUCUAAAGCUAAGCAGCCUUUGUGGAAACAUAUGGCUGAAGAGUCGUUUCUCUCUGGUUUGGAUUCUAACAUCAUCUCAUCUUACAAGAGAGCAUUGUCUUCUAGACAACUAGGCAAGAACACAAAACCAGUCUCUUGCAGCCACUCUAAUCAAUCGGUUGUCUCUCUGAGUCCAGUGAGUUCUCAGUAUUUGGAAGAGCAAGAGAAACCAAGAUUGCUUGAAACAGAAGAAGACAACAAGACUAUAGUAUUGUACUUCACUAGCCUCAGAGGAAUCCGAAAGACUUAUGAGGAUUGUUGCUACGUAAGAACAGUUCUGAGAGGGUUUCAAGUUGCGGUAGAUGAACGUGACAUAUCAAUGGACUCUGAAUACAGAAAAGAGGUUCAGAUUUUACUCGGCGAAGAGAAACCGGUUUGCUUGCCUCAGGUGUUCAUAAGAGGCGUCCAUGUUGGUGGAAUUGAGGAGAUCAAGAGACUCAAUGAUGGAGGUGAAUUGGGAGAGAUGUUAAAAGGUUUUCCUGUUUUUGAAUCUGUGGGAGCUUGUGAGUGCUGUGGGGAUGCAAGAUUUGUUCUGUGUACUAGUUGUGGUGGUAGUACUAAAGUGUUUGAGGAACAAGAAGAUGGGUUUAAGAGAUGCAAUGGAUGCAAUGAGAAUGGAUUGGUGCGUUGUAACAAUUGUUGUCUCUAGUGAUUGGAUUUUUUGUUUUAUUGAUAUAUUUGAUGUGAAGAGAAGACAAAACAUUUAAGGGUAUACUUGUGAGUUAGGAUAUGUUUUGGUUGGUUGUGUUCUUUGAAUUGGUUGUGUUUUUGUACAUUGAUAUAGGAAAUGGCUUUUAAGGCUCAAUCUGUUGUCUUUUUAGGCCCCAAUUGCUUUUUCACAUUGAUGUUUGUACUUUUUUCAUAUGUUAAUAUUGAUUCAAGA